CUUAUAAAUAGUCGCUUUUGUGGGGCGGCCGGUGGCGAGGACCGGCAGGGCACGCACUGGCCCCGGCGCCCACCCACAUCCUCCCCCAGAGUGCUGACUCGGCUCCCGGGACCCCAGCAGGAUGGAAGAGAAGCUGAAGAAAACCAAGAUCAUCUUUGUGGUGGGUGGGCCUGGCUCGGGGAAGGGCACCCAGUGUGAGAAGAUUGUGCAGAAGUACGGCUACACCCACCUCUCCACCGGGGACCUCCUGCGGGCCGAGGUCGGGUCGGGCUCAGCCAGGGGCAAAAUGCUGUCGGAAAUCAUGGAGAAGGGGCAGCUGGUGCCACUGGAGACGGUGUUGGACAUGCUCCGCGACGCCAUGGUGGCCAAAGUAGAUACUUCCAAAGGCUUCCUGAUUGACGGCUACCCACGGGAGGUGCAGCAGGGCGAGGAGUUUGAGCGGCGGAUUGGACAGCCCACACUGCUGCUGUAUGUGGACGCAGGCCCCGAGACCAUGACCCGGCGGCUCCUGAAGCGUGGAGAGACCAGCGGGCGUGUGGAUGACAAUGAGGAGACCAUCAAGAAGCGGCUGGACACCUACUACAAGGCCACAGAGCCUGUCAUCGCCUUCUAUGAGAAACGGGGCAUUGUUCGCAAGGUCAAUGCUGAAGGCUCCGUGGACAGUGUCUUCUCCCAGGUCUGCACCCACCUGGACGCCCUGAAGUAGCAAUGCUGGAGCCCCUUCUCCAGCUCAAAGCCCUGCCCCACCCCUGUCCUGACUCGAGGCCGCCCUGGCCUGAGCCCAGCGCCUCCACCCUGCCUGGCUGAGCACAGACAGAGGAAGCCACUUUAUCCUGUUUUCAUGGACAGCCGAGCACUAAAGGAAUUUCCAAGGACACUUGAUUUUACUCCUUUUCUUUGCUUCCCUUGGAGUUGAUUCAUGUGAUCAUGCCCACCCAGCCUGAGUCCCAGCCCUCACCCUCCUGUUCCUCUUGGGGCCCCUCAGCCCACUGCAGCUAGCUGCUAGCUCUGGUGGGACACCCAGGGUCCUUCCUCACACAGGGCAUGCCCAAGCCAGGCAGGGUCCUUGCUCUUGGGGUCUCUUGCUCAGGCAGAGCAGGGCCCCCGCCUGGACUCCUCUGUCUUCUUGCUGUGCGGCCUUGGCCCUGAUCCCUCAUCACUCUGUGUUUUCUGUGCCUAACCCUCACUGGGCCUGGGCUGCACAGGCAGGGAGGUCAUGGGCCCUGUGGGGUUGCCAGGGCAGUGGGGCAGCACUCACUAGCCAGCCAAGUGGGAGGUGACUUGGCUUCCUUGGUACGAGAAGCUCUGAGGGUCUGAAAAGGACAUCACCAUUGAAUGGGUGGAGGGGGGGUCGUGGCAUUGAGAGUGAACAGGGGGGCAUAGUCAGGGGUGCCUUCCUGAAGAGGUGAGACCUGGAGCACCUUCCCCCAUGUGGUCCUGGACAGGUCACAGCCUGCCCAGUCUAAGCCAUUUCCAAUUCUAAAAUAGGCUCAGUGCCCCCCGCCCCAGCCCCCAAGGCUAGGAUGAGAACACGCCAAGCAAGUUGUCAGUUACCAUGGCCACGGGAGUCAGAGACCAGAGCAGCCCAGCCAGUGUGUGCAGGCCUGAGAUGUCUUGGGGAUGCCCCGGAACCGCCCUGGGGAGAACCACCUUUCCUGUUCUGUUCUCUCUCACUCUUUGACCUUGUCACGGAGAAAGACUCAAUUUGGUGCUCACGUGUCCUUAACACUGUUUUGGCGCUAGCUGGGCUCCCUUUAAAGCCAAGAGAGCUGUCAGCAGGGCCACCCCUGCCUGGAUUGAAAUCCUGCUGUUGGGGGUUGACCAUGUUCUCGUUGUGUGUCCCCUUCUCUUUAUGGCAAGGGGGGCUGGUUUUCCAUUCACAUUGGUUAUGCAAAGUUUCUUUUAAAAUAAAUGUAUUUAAGUUAUAAAA